AUGCCCAACAGACACGGAACACCUAGUGGACCUUGGCCUUUUAUUGACCUGAACGAUCCGAUAGAUCCAGAGCAGCUCUCUACAGCAGUCGCUCCACGACGACAGACUCACGGGUCUGAAACUGAAUAUCCCUUCAAUAAUGAAGCCGACAACUGGCGGUUGUACCCUCAGAGCCUCUUUCCGAACUGGACAAGGGGUCAGCAGAAGAAGAGCGGUAUACGCGAUAUCAUACAUCCGCGGCGGGGGAACCAAGGCAGACAUGUGCGGCCCAUGCUUGGGUUGUCUGCCUGCAUAAUAUACAGGUUGAAUAUUCUGAAGGAAGGCAGGUUCCAUGCGAAGACGAGCCGGGAACCGGGGUGGGUUGUUCGCGGUGAUACGGACAGUAUAAACUGUUUCUGGGAGGCGCUGACGAAGCCUGUAGGCGCCUCUGGACACCCGGACUCAAACAUUCUUCGUCGACACCUUGAACGGACCAGUGUUACAGAUGCUCGGAACACGGUUCACUAUCGAUCCCUUCUUCUUCUCCUCUUCUCUCGGAUGAAUACCUUGCUGGUAUCAGGAACAGUUAGUUCCAGGACGGAGCGAUCCUAUCCUGCUAGUACGAGUACGAUACCCGACACGUCCUAUGAUUUUUCUAUACCUUCAGAUUUUUUCAGCAAGGAGGCAGUUAUUGAUACCGACGAGCCUUUGCUUCUACAAAGUUCUAAUAUACUCCUGGAUCAUGAUUUAAUUGGUAUACACGCUGUUCGCCGCUCCGUCGAUCAUCCAAGUCCUAGCACCGUGAUAACGUAUCUGCCGCCUCCCCUUCAGCACCGUAUUACAACAGCAGACAGUCUACAUGCAAGGAUCAUGGCAACAGGUCGCUCCGUUUACUGGACGAAACUAUAUCGUAUCUCUGCAGAUGCUACCUUACUCGUCCUUGCACAGUUAUGGUAUGCCCUUUACGCAUGGGACGAAGCCCUAGAGGCCCUUACAACAGAAGUCGUCUGGCUCGAAGCUCACACGCUUUCGACGCUUCAUAUAUACGAAGCACCAAAGCCUAGCCCAUCCCUUCAACUUGCCACUACUACGGAUCCUACCUCCGCCCCUCGCGACCCUAAUGAAUUACACGUCUUGCGGGCGCAUUUGCUGCACUACGAGGAGCUGCUGGCAGAUUUCAGGAAAACGGUAGUGUUUCUGGUGGACACACCCCAUCCGGGCAUUCCCGCAGACUUGCCUUCCCAGAUCGUCGUUAAGAAAGAGUGUAAUACUCUUCUUAUGGAUAUCAAACGGCUUGAGGGUACUAGGGCUAUGCUGGACGAACGUGUAAGGAAUGCUAUGGGUUUGGCGUUUAGUAGCGUAACAAUCGAAGACAGCAAACGUAUGCAGCGGCUGAGCGAGGCGGCACUGCGUGACAGUGCUGCAAUGAAACAAAUCGCGUAUAUCACCAUGCUUUAUCUUCCUGCAUCAUUCUGUGCCAUGCAUGUCAGCAUCCCCAUAUACUUUGCGGUCGCACUCCCAUUGACUACCCUUACAAUAUGGGUGAUGAUGCUUCUCUACCUCAAUGAAAAACGGAAGAGAGAGAUUAAUGAAAUAGGGGAGGGUCCUGUGGUUCCACCUGUGCGACCAGCUGUGACGAGACUGCUUUAUCCGAUACGAGUGUUCACUCGUGCAUUCUCGUUUACUCCACGGAAGAAACGACCGAUAGCUGAAACUGUGAUGAUGAGCGCACGAUUUAGUGUGAGGACGACCAGCCAUCGGGCCACUGUGGUGAGGAGCGCAAGGUCGAGUUUGAGGUCAUCUCGUAGGGCGCCUCUUGAUAUAGAAAGUUUAGAUUCAGAUGAAAGCCAUGAAGUCACGUAG